UUAUUAAUUAUAGAUGGAGUAGCUGUCAUGUCUGUAGAUUUAGGCUCAGAAUACAUGAAGAUUGCCAUAGUAAAGCCUGGUGUUCCUAUGGAAAUAGCUUUAAAUAAAGAAAGUUCGAGAAAAACAAGAACUAUUGUAGCUUUUAGAGAUGGAGAGAGACAUUUUGCUAAUCAGGCAUAUUCUACUGCUGUGAAGUUUCCAAAGAAAGCAUUUGGUUAUAUAUUAAAUGUGAUUGGUAAGAGAUAUAAUGAUACUACAGUAGAAGUUUUUAAGAAGAGAUUCCCCCAAUAUGAUAUUAUAGAAGAUGAGACUAGAGGAACAGUGUUAUUUAAACUAGAAGAUGAUACUCUGUACAGUCCUGAAGAACUAUUGGGUAUGAUUCUAGAAAAUGCCAAAGAAUCUGCUGAAGCUUUUGCUGAGCAACCAAUAAAAGAUGCUGUAAUAACUGUACCAGCGUAUUUUCAUCAGGCUGAACGUAGAGCUGUAUUAUCAGCUGCUGAAAUGAUUGGUUUAAACGUUCUACAACUGAUGAGUGACAACGCUGCUGUUGCUUUAAAUUAUGGUGUAUUUAGAAGAAAGAUGUUUAAUUCUACUAUGGUAUAUUAUAUGUUUUUUGAUAUGGGAGCUACUAGUACUGUAGUCUCAGUUGUUGGUUAUCACGUAGUAAAGAUUAAAGAGGGUACCAGACUAGAAACUAACCCUCAAGUUGUAGUCAAGGGAGUGGGAUAUGAUAGAGUAUUAGGUGGAUUAGAAAUGACAUUGAGAUUACGAGACCAUCUGGCUACAGCCUUUAAUAAUAUGAAGAAGACUAAAACAGACGUCAAAACUAACGACAGAGCAAUGGCUAAACUUCUGAAAGAGGCUGACAGAGUUAAACAUGUUCUCAGUGCCAACUCUGAUCAUUAUGCUCAGGUUGAAGGUUUACUGGAAGAGAAAGAUUUCCGAUUAAAAGUGUCAAGAGUUGAAUUAGAAGAGAUGUGUGCUGAUUUAUUUGCCAGGGUUAAAAAACCAGUAGAAGAUGCGUUAAAAGCUUCAGAAAUUACUAUGGGAGAAAUCAGUGAAGUAAUAUUAAUGGGAGGGGGAACUAGAGUACCUAAAAUACAAGAACAUCUUAUUGAAACCAUUGGCAGAAAAGAUUUGGGUAAGAGCAUCAACACAGAUGAAGCAGCUGCUAUGGGAGCUGUCUAUCAAGCAGCCUUUCUGGGUAAAGGAUUUAAAGUAAAAACAUUCUCUGUUAAAGAAGGCAAUCUUUAUCCUAUUGUGGUAGAAUUUGAUAAACAUGUGAAAGGUGAUGAUGGAGUUGAUGCUAUCCGAACUGUAAAAAGGGUUUUAUUUGGGCGAAUGAAUCCUUUCCCUCAGAAAAAGGUCAUGACCUUUAACAAACAUACAGAAGAUUUUACUUUUGGUAUCAGUUAUGGAGAUUUAGACUUCCUUACUGAAGAAGAAAAAAGUGUAUUCCCAUCUCUAAUCCUGGCCAAUGUAUCACUAGAAGGGGUUAAAGAUGCCCAAACUAAACAUGGUAAAGAUGCUGACUCUAAAGGGGUUAAGGCCCAUUUUAGAAUGGAUGAGAGCGGUCUGCUGAACCUCGAUAGAGUAGAAUCUGUGUUUGAAAAACUUGAAAAUGUUAACAAAACUGAAGAAUCUACUUGGUCCAAACUAGGAACAGCUAUUGGGGGUCUAUUUGGCGGUAAAGAAGAAGAAAAAGAUGGUGGUGUAGAGACGUCUGCUGAUCAGGGAGAUGAGCGAAAGAGCGAAGAGGGCAAAGUGACGGAUGAGGAUCAAAAACCAGAAGUAGAAACCCCAAUGCCAGAAAGCAAGCCAGACGACAAAGAAACUGGAAAACCAGCAGACGACAAAUCUGGUCAAGAGAAGACAACUGAGUCAGACAAGGGAGAUAAGAAAAAAGACAAAAAAGACAAGAAGGACAAAAAAGACAAGAAAGACAAAGAUAGUAAAGAUAAGAAUAUUAAAACUACAUCUGUCAAUCAAGAUUUACCCACACUGACUCAAGAUAAAAUGAAAGAAAGUGUAGACAGAUUAAAAGAAUUGCGUAAAAUAGAUAAAGAAAAGGCUGAUCUAGAGAAAGCUAAGAAUAGUUUAGAAGGUUAUAUAUUUGAUAUGCAAGAUAAAAUGACGCAGGAUUUGUAUAUGGGAUGUUCCACGGAGGCCGAACAAGAGAAUAUGAGUAAAUUAUUCACCGAGUCUUCUGAUUGGCUGUAUGAAACACCUGACGAUACAAAGAAGGAGGCGUAUAAAGAGAAACUGAAAACACUUAAAGAAGGAAUGAAAGAUAUCCUAAUGAGAGUAAAAGAAAAGGAAGAAAGACCAAAAGCUUUAGAAGCAUUGAAAAAUAUGUUGAACCAUUCCGAGUUUUUCUUAGGAACUGUCAAAAAUCUGUCAAAGAUAAACGAGGAAUCUAUAUUUACUGAUGUUGAAGUUGCUACGUUAGAGAAACUAGUGAAUGAGACUAGGGAUUGGAAUAAGGAUGCUUUAAAGGAACUAAAAACAUUAAAAGACAAUGAAAACCCUAAAAUAUUGGUAGAAAGUAUAGCAUAUAAAAUACAUGGCUUAGAUCGCGAGGUGAAAUACCUGGUGAACAAAGCUAAAAAUUUUAAACCAAAGGCCAAGCCGAAGAUAGUGGUAAACGAUACUGAUACAGGACCUAGUAAUACAACUAAAAAAAAACCUGAUGGUAACUCCACUACUAUAGAUAUAGACACUACUGAAACACCCCCUACUCAAGAAGAGGUGCCACCAGUAGAAGAAGAAUCUUCAGAAAAAUCAAAAAAUACUGACAGCGCUACAGAGGAGAGUGAAACAACAGAAAAACCCUCAGGUGAAGAAGAGAAAGCUAGUACUCCGAGAACUGAUUUAUAACCCACGGAAAUUUAGGAUCUAAAUUAUUAUUAUUAUUAUUAAUGGGCAUUACUUCACUGUAGCAUUAAGCAAUGCUGUUUAACUUGAGAUGGAUAAAACUGGAUAGCUCUGGCUUUUGAUAUUGGCUGUUUCGAUCUCCGUGUUUGAUGCUAUAUAUAGCAUUUGGGGCACCUUGCACUCCAACAGAUGGACAAACUUACAAAAUGGAAGGCAGUCAGUCACUAUCAAUUGUAGAAGUUCCUAUGAAAAACUCCCAUGUUGGCAAGGUCUUUCUUGAGUAAAAAAAUGAGCGUUAUACAUGCAAAUAUACGUUACAUGAACUAAAACAUGAUUUUUUCACUGUUACUUGCCAUGUUAUAAAUUAGGUUACUGAAAUGGAGACAAAUAAUGCUGCAGUGAAUAAGUGCCAUAUUAAAAUUUGAAUGUUGUUUUUGUUUAAAUGUUUAUAAAUUGUAAGAUAGCCAUUAUCUUUUUUCAUUUUUUUUGUUUCUCAUCUUCAAAAUUUCCCAUCUAAUAUUUAAUACAUCAUGCGUUUUAAUACACAUCUAUAACUAAAAAGUUUAUACUCUUAACGUAAAUCUAUAAAAAAUGCACGUGAUAUCGUAUCUAUAUAUUUAAAAUUCUUAUAUAUUCUGAAUAAAAGUCUGUCCCAAACUGUAAAGGAACUUUUUGAGCAUGCAUUUAGCAUAAAAAUAAAAACUGUCUUGUAUUUUCUUUCAUUUCUUCAACGUUUGUAAUCUUUGGUACUAUUCCAAGAGUAAAAUUUUUGUUUUUGUGUUUUCAACUUAAUAUCGCCUUAUUGUGAACUAUAUGUG